AUGUCUACAUCAAUUCCUACUGAAUCACCACUUACUACCAAUAACACCACCACUACCACUGCUGCUGACAUCAGCACCACUAGUGGUACUACUGCAACUCCAGCUCAAGCUUCAGUUCCAACUUCAACUUCAUCAAUUGCUGAUACUCAUCAUUCAUCUUGUUCAACCACUGAUUUUUUGACUUGGAAGAACCCAAUCAAAACUGGUAAAGUUUUUGGUUCCCUUGUUUUUGGUUUGAUUGUCUUGAAAACUGUCAAUUUAUUCAAUAUCUUUUUCCAUUUAGCUUACAUUGGUUUAUUGAUCUCUGCUGCUGCUGAAUAUUCCGGUAAAUUGAUUACUGGUAAAGGGUUCCUUGCUAAUUUCAAACCAACUGGUAAAUUGUACGCUAAAAGAUUCAAUGAUGAAGUAUUGCCAGAAUUGGCCAACUUUAAUGUGCAUUUGGAAGAAAGUUUUAAUAAAAUUGUCUAUUCACAUGACAUUGAAACCACUUUGAAAGCUGCUGGUAUUUCUUAUAUUUUAUAUAAAUUGACUUCAUGGUUUUCAUUGUACACUUUGAUUUUCAUUUUCGUUGUGUUGAUUUUCACCGUUCCUGUCAUUUACAAAACUUACAAGAAGGAAAUUGAUGCUGCUGUUGCCGAUAUUACCAAGACCAUUAAAACCAAGUCUGCUGAAUUUACUGAAAAGGCUCAUAAAGCUGCUGGUCCACAUAUUGAUACUUUAAUCAAGAAAACUGGUCCAAUUGGAAGCUUUAUUCAAUCUAAACUCCCAGUCAGAACUGCUGGUUCCACUGUUGGUGACUCAAAGGCAACAUCUUAUGGUACUGAUGCUGACAAAAGUAUCGCUGGUACUACUUCUGCUACUGGUACUUCUUCUGCUACUGCUAACUCAACUACUGUUCCUGUUUCCGUUCCUGCUGCUACUUCUGCUACUUCUGCUGAACCAAUUUCAACUGGUCAUUCCACUGGUGCUUCUCAAUUCCCAAGUGCUCCAACUUCUGGUUUACACCCAAGUACCGUUGAAGAUGUUAUCAAACAAGCUUCCGAAGAAGCCGAUGAAUUUGCUGACACUACUCAAGAAUCAUUUAAACCAACUUUACAUUAA